GUGACGUCACAUUCGUAGGCGGGGAAUCCUUUAUUUGAUUAUCAUUCUGAAACAUGAAGUAUCGACUACAGUGGUAGGUGUACAGGGCCAAGAAGAAAGGAAUAUAUUUUACUUAAUACUGUAUCGUAAAUUUUGAGGAAAAAACGUGAUUCUCACAGUUUGCUUGUAGAAUGCCAGUGGCCUCACCUCAGCGAGAUGCACCUAUAGUACAUUAUCAUCAUUUAUUACCAAAAGCUCCCACUUGUUUGUCUGGCCACGCAGCCAGCAAUCUCUUCAGUUCAGAAUCGGCCACAUUGAUGCCAGAAGGAGCUACGCAUGUGGCAGGCAGAUCCCCAAGUAACUCCUUAGAAUCACCUAGCCAUUUAAUCAGCACUCACAGUCCACCAUUGUUAAACCUAAGCCCAAAUCUUAGUCCGUCUGCCCAGUUGAGUCCUUCAGAAGCUCAUGCCCAGAGGUCAUCAGCCCAGUUUUAUGACCUGAGAGAAUCUACAAGACGUCAGAGUAUUCAAGAUGUGCAUUUGAAUUUAAGCCAACAAAUGCAGCACAGUCCCCAACUUUUAUCUGGAAUAUUAGCCGCUGCAGUGGAGGACUCUGAACGGAAGACGGAGAGUCCUAGUAGAAAACAGCGUAAAACAUCAGGUGGGAUUGUAGACCUGACCAACACUCCCAGCCCACCCCCAGUCCGUACUUGGGAGCCUUUUCCUGAAAUCCAAAGAACUCGAAGACGUAGCUCUACACAAAGACGAAUUUCUGGAGAUCGUGCACGUAGGAGUCCUGGAACCCGACGCCGAACAAGAGAAAGAAAUAUAACACAUGCAGCAGAUUCUCCUGAGAGACGGGCUUUUCAGCCACCGCACUUAAUGGGCCGUCAGAUCCAUCCAGCGGCUGUUUUACCCAAUCCUGGACAACAACAGCCAGUUAUUAUUGAUGUUGAUCAGAUUCCUGUCACAACACCUGUUACUAUGGCACCAUAUGCCUUCCCAGUAUGCACUGGUCCUCAUCAUUUACCAGUGUGUAGUACAGCUCAUGUUCAGAUGUGUAACACUCAACCAACAUGGUCAAUACCGUGUACAGUUCAGUUACCCUCUUGUGGAGUCCAGCAUUUUCCAACAUGUCUUCAGCAAGUGCCAUUACCUCAGUCGUUGCCUCCGACGAUGUUGCAUCCAUCUCAUCACCCAACACCACAACAUAUACAUCAGCAACAUUACCCCGCACCCCCUCCUUAUUAUUCAGGCCGAACACAACAAGUUCAGGAUAAUGACGUCCAUUUAAUUGGAGACCAUCGUCCUAAUUAUCAGCUUCCUCCCAGAAUUCAUCCUAAUAUGCAGCUCAAUCCCUCCCCACCUAUAUUCCUACAAGAACCUACAGUACAUCCAUCACCCCAUGAUAUAUAUGGUCCUUAUUCCCGUUAUUACCCAAGAAGAUCUAUAGCGAGAAGUAGAUUACGACCACCUCCACCCACACCUUAUCCAGGAUUUUUACUUCAUUUCCUAGCCAUGUUAAGUAAUCCUCCAGUUCCACCAUAUGGAAGAGAACAUCCUGAUGAGGCAAGUGAAGUUGAAAAUUAUGAGGCAUUGUUGAAUCUUGCUGAACGUUUGGGUGAAGCUAAACCCCGGGGUUUAACAAAAGCGGAUAUAGAUCAGCUGCCUGCCUAUAGAUUUAACAGCGAAACAAGACGAUCUGAUCUAGACAUGACAUCAUGUGUCGUCUGUAUGUGUGACUUUGAAAAUCGUCAGUUAUUACGAGUGCUACCUUGCAGCCAUGAGUUCCAUGGAAAAUGUGUGGAUAAGUGGUUAAAAACAAAUAGAACAUGUCCUAUAUGUCGAGCAGAUGCAUCAGAAGUUAGCAGCCAGUCAGAGUAAUGUCAAAAACCAAACAAACUUUCUUCAGUGUAGAGAGUCUUUAAAAAGAAUAAUAAAUUAAAAAGAAAAUGUUAGCUAUUAUAUAUAGCAAGUGUUAUAACUCCCAAGAAUAGACUUGGUUAAUGUGAAAACAAUGGACUCAUGGGAACAAGAGAUGUCUUAUACAAAAAUAUAUAUUGCUCCAAAACAAUGAAAUAUAUAAAAUAUAUGUGUAUAGCUAUAAAUCUAUUCUAUUUAAAUUGUGUUGUACACACAAUAUAUAAAUAUAUUGUGCAAAAUUUUACCGAAGUUGUCUGUGAUGACAAAACUGGUAACAAACUUUCAAAUUGACUCGAAAUUAUCCACAAAUGGAUGUGUAUUAUAAACUAUAUUUUCAACAGAAUGAUAUGAAACUUGAAAAAUUUCAUUAUAAUUAUAAAGAAAAUAUACUGCAAGUUUUAAAAUCAAAUAUUGCAACACAAAUCAUGAAAUGCAUAGACAGAUUAUAUUUAAAAAAUUAUAUAUUAUACAUGAUUAUGGUUUUAAAAAAGAAAUAUAUUCUAAGCUCCAGUGAAAAUGAUACCUCAAAUUACUUUUUUUUUUGCCUGUAUAGUGUCUUGUUGCUGCUGUUAUAUAUCAAUGCUACUAUUUGCUUUUUAUAGGGUAAUUAAUUGGGUGUUGUGAUGUUGGUAUGGAAGAAUGUUAUGUAUCGCCAAAUUUAUUCCAUCUGUCUCUGUACUUUUCAAUGGAUCAAAUUCAUCAACCCACAUAGGAAUAAUAAGAGACCCAAGUCUUUGGAACUGAUUUCAGUUCUCUUAGUACAAUUCUCUGUAUUCUAAUCCAGUUUUCUCAUUAUAAUUCUGUGUAUUCUAAUCCAGUUUUCUCGUACAAUUCUGUGUAUUCUAAUCCAGUUUUCUCGUACAAUUCUGUGUAUUCUAAUGUUAGACCUGCUCCCGAAUAAGAUAUAGUCUGAAAACUGAAUCUUCCUCUUCUCUCAAUUCUAAGUAAAUGUAAUUUAUAGGCCGUCAUAGGAACCAGAUGCUUCAUUUCAGUCAUAAAAUUCUUUUAAAUGUUGUGAAUCAAUGUCGCCAGCAAUUAAUAUGUAGAUAAAUCUCGCUUAGAAAGUACACACUAUACACAACAUUUUUUGUUGUUACAGAAUUUAAUGUCAGUAGUGCAUUUCAUAGUGAAUAUUUCUACUUGUAAUAAACAUUAUUUUUUGUUACCAUUUCUAUUUUCAGACUUAUUAGUCAUCUGUUAUAGUUAAAAUUAGUAUCUUAUUUUUUGUGCUGUGCAAAAUUUGUGUAUUUCUUUAAAAUAACUUAAAAGUUGAUUUUUGUUAGCCCACUUUUGUUUUUGUGAUAUGCUUUAUAUAAGUAUGUAAAAUAUAAUCAUUUCAUAGAAUUCAACAAUACUACAGAGUGUCUUGAAUUUAAAUUACAUGUAAGGGAAGAAUCAUUAUAUAGCUUUCUUGGAGAAAGUAUUCUUUUAAUCAAAAUAUGAGGCAGAAUAAUCCUUCACCUAUAAUCAUGACAGUUUCCAUGGCAACCAAAGAAUAGGGUGGCUUGUUACAUGAGAUACCCCCCCCCCCC